AUGGAUCUGUUUGACAAUGAUGAUUAAAUGUACUUUUGUGAGAAUAGGCUGAAAACAUUUCAGGGUUGGCCAUUUGACGAAGAUUGCGCCUGCACACCGGAAAACAUGGCAAAGGCCGGCUUUAUUUACACGCCUUCAGACAACAGCCCAGAUGCUGCUAUGUGCUUCUUCUGCCUCAAAAAGUUGGAGCGCUGGGCACCGGAGGAUGACCCACGAAAAGAGCACAAAUCCCAGUCGGCCUUGUGUCACUUCAUCACUCUGAGAAAGAAAGUAGAAGACCUGACUGUGGAGGAGUUCUUCAAGCUCCGGAAGGCGAGGCACGAGUUCCUCAUUAGAACAUCCUGUAAUGAAGCCGUCGACAAGUUUAGGGAGGCGGCGAGAUUGAUGAAAGCAGGAAUGCUGAACAUGGCCACGGGUGAAGAGUAACGGACAUUUGGUGUUGCAUACACACAUAAUUUAAGGUGGACAGCUCCUUAAGGCAGUUAAGACACAUUUUGGAUAUAUUAGAUCUUUUCAUAAUAAAAGUAAAAUAAAUACAAAAAGAAAGGCAUGUCACUGAAUGAAUAUAUUACAGACUGUAUUGUCGUCGGGUCGUGACCUCCAUCAUCCAUCGGGGCUUUGCAAUUAUUAUGAGUUAAUAGGGUGAGUGAGAGAGGUUAUCUGUCGUUCCUCCUUAAGAUGACUGAUAAUCUGUCAGGGCUCGAGCCAGAGUCUUUUUUUUUCGGUCGAUUU